AUGCAUCUUGCAGCAGCAGGGACAGUUCCUCGCUACAAGCAGAUUAUGAAACGCAGUUGGCUGGCGUUGGUUUGGGUAGAGGUGGGAGGAGCUUCUUAAUCAUAACAGCAGAUCUGCAAACGCUGUGCACACACAGCGCCCUCCUCCACACAUACACCAGACUGUUUUGAGAUCAGUGGGGCGCUUGUUUUAGCUCUCCCAGACGUCCUCCUAAGCGUUUUUCACCUUACUCGACCCCUCAGCUCGCUUGUCCUCUGCAUGUGUCAGACCUCCCCACCAGCUGUGGCGUUAACAUGGGAGUCCAUGAGUGAGAGCCUGCGGACCUGCUAUCUGUACCUGAACCAAACCAGCAGGAGUUUCGCAGCCGUGAUCCAGGCGCUGGACGGGGAGUUGAGACAUGCGGUCUGUAUUUUCUACCUGGUGCUGCGAGCGCUGGACACAGUGGAGGACGACAUGACCAUCCCUCUGGACAAGAAGGUCCCCAUGCUGAAUGACUUCCACACCUACCUGUACCAGGACGAGUGGUGCUUCACUGAGAGCCAAGAGAAAGACCGACAGGUUCUGGCCGAUUUCCCCACGAUAUCACUGGAAUUCAGAAACCUCGCUCAGGAAUACAGAGACGUCAUCUCAGAUAUCUGCCACCGUAUGGGAGUAGGAAUGGCUGAAUUCCUGGAAAAGAAAGUGGGAUCCAUGAAGGAGUGGGACCUGUAUUGUCACUACGUGGCGGGGCUGGUCGGUAUCGGUCUGUCUCAGCUGUUCUCUGCGUCCCAGCUGGAGGACCCAGAGGUGGGACGAGACACCGAGCUGGCUAACUCCAUGGGCCUGUUCCUCCAGAAGACUAACAUCAUCCGGGACUAUCUAGAGGACACGCAAGAGGGACGUGCCUUCUGGCCACAAGAGGCUUGGAGUCAGUUUGCAGGUCAGUUGGAGGACUUGGCCCAGCCUGAGAAGCUGGAGUCGGCUCUCUCCUGCCUCAACCUGCUGGUCACUGAUGCUCUGCGACACGUCCCGGACGUUAUCGCCUACCUGUCCCGCCUGCGCAACCAGAGCGUCUUUAAUUUCUGUGCCAUUCCACAGGUGAUGGCGAUAGCGACACUGUCGUCAUGCUACAACAACCCCAUGGUGUUCCAGGGAGUGGUGAAGAUCAGAAAGGGACAGGCUGUCACACUCAUGAUGGACGCCACCAACAUGGGAGCCGUGCAGACCAUCAUCGCCCAGUACAGCCAGGAGAUUUUACAGAAAGUCUCCCACACGGACCCGUCACGAGACAAGACCCUGCACAUCCUGGCCCUGAUCCGAGAGAAGUCCGCCCUGUCACAGUCCAGCCUCCCCUCCAGGACCGCCCACCUGUCGCCCAUGUACCUGUCUGCUGCCAUGCUGCUCGCCGCUCUCAGCUGGCAGUACCUCAGCACCACCGCAGCGCAGGCACAGGGCACCGGAGACAUGCAGGGACAGUGAACCGAUUUAACCUCAUCUUCUCCUGGGGCCCACAGACUCAGAAAGCCCCUAUUCCCUCUCUGAAGGAUCCGCUCUCCUCCGACUGCAGGAAUCUCACGCACUUCUUCCCACUCUGCCCUCUUCAUUACGGCCGUCACAGGACCACGGACACAUUUAGACUAUGGAGGGGUUCUGGUAGCAGGCUGGUCUCUUUGGUCUUAUAGUGAUUUCUAGUAGUCCAUCCUGCACCUGGAUAAAUUAUUCACACAGUGUUGUGUGGUUAUAUUCACCAGCAUUAAUGGCACAUUGAAACGAUUCAGGGCGUUUUGUUGUUUGAUGUUUAUGUUGAUUGUGUUUUUUGUUUGAUUUUCAACAUUUUGACCCUCUGAAUUGAGUGAUUAUUUUUUUUUUUUUUUAAACCUAUUGAGGAUUUCAAGACAGAAAGAAUAUUUAAUUUUCCCCAUUAGCUGAUGAAAUUAACAGCACAUAUCACUGCCCAUUUAAGGAUUUUGGGAAACAUUGUCACCAAAUUCCAUUAAAGGUGGAGUCAGUGAUUUUAAUCCAGGGCAGUUUUUGUCAAAUUCAGCUAAUUUUUUAUGUCCAAACCAAGCCCUGCGAUUGGCUGAUGAACUGUCCAGGGUGUAGCCCAACUCUCGCCCAAUGUCAGCUGGGAUUGGCUCCUGCCCCCAUGAGCUGAGUUCAGACAAGCAGUUAAGGAUAAUGAAUGUCCAAACCAGCCAGAGCCUGGUGCAGUUAAGCUGAAGCACUGAAUUUGUGUUAUCACCUAUUUCCCAGCAUUUUUUUGUAGUUUUACAUUUCCCUGAUGACAAAUUUUGUUUGACGCCCUCCAUCUACAGCAAGGCUACAAUAUUAACUGUAUGAAAUAUAGCCUGUUUGCUGAGUUCAUGCAUUGCACAGAAGUAAACUAAACUAAAACAGACAGUAUGCCCAUCAUUUUUACGUUUUUUAACACAAAUCUUUCACAAAAAAGGACCUAAGCACCAUGUUAAGAAGGCCAAACCCAAACAAUAUUUGAAAAAAAAUUGACUGAACCUGCCUUGGUCUGUUGGGUCCCAUCAGGUUUUGGUAACCAAACUCUAGUUCAUACACAGCCCUGGCUCUGUAAAUGAGAAACAAAAAAAGUGGAUUGAGCCACACAAGACUAUUCCAACCAAUCAGCAACAGGGGGCGUUUGUGCUCAUGCACAGAAUGGGAAAGGCCGUGGAUGUAAAAAGAGAAAGGCAGUGUCAAUGCUCAAUCUCUCUCCAAAAAUCGCUGACUCCACCUUUAAGUUUGUCAAAUCUUAGUCAUAUUUUUUAAAUGUCAAAUCAAAUCUAGUUCAAUAUUCCACUUGUUACGUUUCUACAGGAGAAACACUCACAUGAAAUAACUUUUACAAAAUUGCAGUCUACAGUAAAUGUAUGUUAGCGUAGAAGACGUGGACACCAUCCACUCACAGUAGAGCUUUACUUCAACACUGUGUCUGUCCUUAACUGGAGAAGAAGAAGAGGACAGAGCUAUUCUGAGGUAGUUUUGACGCAGACUGUUAAAAAGAAUAAAGGAGAACAAAUGUAAUUUCUGGUA